AUGGCUGAAUUGCAAAGGUCUACCACUGAUGCCGGCAAUAUAGCGAUCUUACCCAAGAAUAACAAGGAGAUGAAUUCCUAUGACCUGGACGGAAAGUCGCACGAAGACAUACCCGUUGCAAAUCACAAUGUUAAGACCAGCGCGGACACAUUCACGAAUAACGACCAGACACAAAUUGGAGAUCGGUACUCCAUUUAUUCGAGACGUGAAAAGCUUCUUAUACUGUCGGGUUCCGCUAGUGCCGCUAUAUUUUCUUCUCUCUCAGUACAGAUAUACCUGCCUGCUUUAAAUAUGGUGGCCGAUAGUUUCAAUGUCUCCUCAACCAAGAUCAACUUCACUGUGACGAGUUACAUGUUCCUGCAGGGGAUUGUGCCCAUGGUUAUCGGAGGGUUUUCUGAUAGAAUAGGAAGACGACCAGCCUUUAUGACUUGUUUCGUCAUCUAUUUUGCAGCAAACAUUGGGCUUGCGUUAACUCGCAGUUACGCAAUGCUAAUGGGCUUGCGCUGUCUACAGGCUACAGGCAUCGCGGCCACUCAAACCCUCGCUCAGGCCGUGCUAUCUGAUCUCAUAACUAGUGGUGAGAGAGGCGGUUAUAUCGUCCUCAUUACCCUCCCUGGUGUGAUUGGUACGACGGUAGGACCACUUGGCGGUGGUGCACUGGCCCAGAAUCUGGGUUGGCGGAGCAUCUUCUGGUUCUUGACUAUUGCAGCAGGGAUUUGUCUGUGUUUAUUGUUUAUCUUCUUUCCAGAAACGAAUCGUAGGCUGGUUGGUGACGGGUCGAUCAAUCCGCCCACGCUCUAUCAGACGCCAUGGCAACUCAUCAAAGUCCGCUGUGGUGGCAAUCAUGCCCAACACCCUCAAGACCACCGUAGCAAAGACGAUCCUACGCAGCGAUCCCAGGGUUUUGUCCCUAGCAGCAUUUUCGCCUCUUUCAUUUUGCUAAAGAACCCCGAAUUCACAUGUUUGCUCAUUUAUGGGUCAAUCAUGUACGCAACAAUUUAUGCCUACGCCACGGCUCUCCCCAGCCAGAUGGCAGAUAUCUGCCUCAUGUACCUUCCAAAUAUCGGAGGGACGCUCGUUGCAGCAGCAUUCAUGGGGAAAGUCAUGAACUGGAAUUACGCUCGUCACGUCCGGAAAAUGGGACUGCCUCCAGUGGACCGUAGCAGGCAAAUGGAUCUCUCCGAUUUUCCUAUUGAGCGAGCUAGGCUCGAGAUUGCGAUUCCCCUCAUACUAGCCACCGCCAUCAUCACUGUUGGCUGGGGAUGGGCUCUUGAUGCUCGGACCGGGGUGGCUGUGCCGUGCGUACUUCUAUUCGCAAUAGGCAUCACCUAUAUAAGCGUUAUCAACGUUUUCAAUGCCCUCAUCUCCGACUACUAUAGGAAGACGGCCGCGACAGCUGUGGCAACGAAUUGGUUUGUCCGGUGCAUGGUAGGAGCAGCAAUGAGUGCAGCGAUUUUGCCGCUCAUCAACGUUGUAGGUCCAGGGUGGGCAUACACCAUAGUUGCGGCGCUACUGAUCAUAUUUUCACCCCUUGUUUUCAUCACUAUGUGGAGAGGGCUAAAAUGGCGCCAGGAAAGAGCACAGAGGCGCGCUAUCAAUCAAGACGACCUACGUAUAUAA